AUUUUACAAAUUUUGGUCCAAUAUAUAUAUUUUUUUAACUAUGGAGAUUGCUUCUAUGAACAAUGAUGAGAAGCCUAGUAAUUUUUUCACUAAUGGAUUAUUGUGGUUCAAGUCUUUGUAUGAAAAAUUAUUUGCUAAGGCUGUUGGAAUUGCUAAGCAAUUCAAGAAAGUUGGCAAAGAUGAUCCAAGAAGAGUGAUUCACUCAUUUAAAGUUGGGUUGUCACUCACUUUAGUUUCAUUGUUUUACUAUUUCCAACCCCUUUACAAUGGUUUUGGUGUUUCAACAAUGUGGGCUAUCAUGACUGUAGUUGUCGUUUUCGAGUUUUCUGUUGGUGCAACACUUGGAAAAGGAUUAAAUAGGGGAAUGGCAACCUUGCUAGCUGGUGUACUAGGGGUUGGUGCACAUUAUUUGGCUAGUGCAACUGGUAAAGUUGUGGAGCCAAUACUUCUUGGUCUAUUUGUCUUUCUACAAGCAUUUGCAUCAACUUUCAUAAGAUUCUUUCCUCAAGUAAAGGCCAGAUAUGAUUAUGGGAUGUUAAUUUUCAUAUUGACAUUUUGUUUGGUAUCAAUAUCUGGUUUUAGAGUGGAUGAAAUAGUGGACAUGGCACAUAAAAGAUUCUCCACAAUACUCAUUGGUGCUUCUAUUUGUGUUAUUGUUUCUAUAUUUGUGUGCCCUGUGUGGGCUGGUGAAGAUCUUCACAAAUUAGUGGCACUAAAUAUGGACAAGCUUGGCAAGUUCUUAGAAGGAUUUGGAGAUGAGAUUUUUAAAUCAUCAGAGGAUGUUAUAGAAUCAAAGGUUGCUAAAACAUCCUUGAUAGAGUAUAAAAGUGUUCUCAAUUCAAAGAAUACUGAAGAAACUUUGGCUAAUUUUGCAAGAUGGGAGCCAGGACAUGGACAAUUUAAGUAUAGACAUCCAUGGAAACAAUACUUAAAAAUUGGAGGUCUCAUUAGGCAAUGUGCAUGCAGGAUUGAUGCACUCAAUGGCUAUAUCAACUCUGAAAUUAAAGCACCAGAAGAGAUCAAGGAAGUGAUCAAAGAAACAUCAAUGAAAAUGAGCAUAGAAUGUGGGAAAGCACUAAAAGAAUUAUCAAAAGCUGUGAGGAAAAUGAAUUUGCCAAUUUUAGCUGAUGAACAUAUCACAAAUGCAAAAAAUUCAGCCAAGAAUUUAAAUUCACUUCUCAAAUCUGGAAUUAAUAAUUGGGAAGAAAUUAAUUUACUACAAGUGAUUCCAGUGGCUGCAAUUGCAUCAAUUUUAACAGAUAUUGUCAGUUGUGUUGAAGAAAUUGGACAAGGGGUUAAUGAACUUGCUUCAUUAGCUCAUUUUAAAAGCACCAAAAGUACUAAAGAAAUAAUUAAUACAAAUAAGGUGGCGGUGGAUAAAAUAGAAUUAUCAAAUAAUCAUGUUGUUAUCACUAUUAAAUGAGCAAAGUAUGAAAUUGUGAUGUGUUUGAUUUAUUGGUUAAUGAAUAUGUUUACAUAAUGUACUAUUACCAUUUAUUUGUUUCUUUGGGGAAAAAAAAAGAAAGAAGGUUUGGAUGUGUGAUAAAAUUGAGGUUCAUAAUUUGUGUGAUAUAAAGUGAGAGGGUUCAAAAAUUCUUGUAUUAUAAUAAAAAAUAAAAUAUAUAGUUUUCUUCUCUAA